AAAGCAUGUCUGCCUGCCAAAAACUUUGCGCAAACUAGCAUCAAAGGAGAAAUCCAUUGUCAUCCCAAAUAUGGCGCUGACCCAGAAGACACCCAAAACUACACUAGCUCUUGGAUUAAAAUCAGUAAGCGGGCGACAGACAAGAAUACCAAAGGGUUUACUUACAAGCCUAAAGAGAAGAGAUGGCCGUAUCAUUCCCAUGGACUUCUCCAUACCUACGGGUCAGGGGGCUAUGCUUUCUACUUUUUCCCAGACCAGGAGCAGUUUAAUUCCACAGAGAGGCUCAAGGGACUCCGAAGCAGCAAGUGGCUGGAUGAGAAGACGUGGGCCGUGAUUCUGGAGCUGACGACGUUGAACCCAGACGCAAAUCUGUUCUGCAGCCUGUCGGUCGUGUUCGAGGUUUCUCCGUUGGGAGUUGUGAACACGAGCCUGUCCGUGCACUCCUUCGCGCUUGCCGAUUUCAACAGAAAGACGUCAGUAGAAAUCUUCUUGUACGCGGCCAUUCUCAUUUUCUUUCUG